AUGGGCGGCGAGGUGACACUCGCUGACCCUGUGUCGUUAAUACUGCUCACGACCCAACUUGGAAUUGGCCUGUUUGAAAGCCACCAGCACAUGGGCGAGCUCAAAGCCCGAGUCGAAGACCUGGUUGAAAUCCCACGAGAUCUUCAGAGAGACAAACCAGGCAUGUUGUCCCUUUUCUUCCUGGCCCACAAACCAGCGCAUAUGAUGAGAGACAGAUCAUUGCUUCAGCCGGAACGGGCAAUGAGCAUCGACUUUGCAAUACCUGGUCUGAGCGCAAUCUCGACUAACGAGAAAUCUGAUACCAGGGGCCGCUUCCACGUCUCCAGCGUUGAGCUCCUGAUCCUGGGCGUGGACCUUCCCCAUCCAGAUGAUGCUGGGUUACUCAUCCUCCUCUCCACAAUCGAGUUUCUGACCCCUGGCCUUAGACACAAGCAUGAUGACCGAAAAUCUGAACCAGCCGAUCUGAAGACCGAUGAGAACUUACUCCUUCUGAGGCCCAGAGCACAAACCUGCACCAUCCGCAACACCUGCUUCCGGCCCAUUUGA